AUGUCAUCCGUUCCGGCAUCAACUCUCGCUCCAACCUCAACACCGGUCAUCGACAUCCUCGCCCGGUUCCCAGUCGAAAUCAUCAAUCGCAUCUUAGAUGGGCUUCAUCCAAGUCUCAUCUACUUUCACCUCUUCGUCGAACCCAAGAGUGCCCCUAUUCAAUCAUCCUCCGAAGAGUGCCAACGAGUAAGAGAGUUACAUCUCUCACAAUGUCAAGCACGGCCGUAUGGACUUCUCACUUACGCUGUUUUGUCCAACGACCAGGAAACUGUGAAGCAAAUGCUUGAAAGGGCUUCGACCAACGCCGAAACUUCUGGUAAGAAACCCGCAGUUGUAGAGCACGCACCGCCGUCUCUAUGGAAGUUAUCUGAAGAACACAAAGACGGUCAUGGGAAGAUGCCGCUGAUACUAUGUCUUACUAAAAUGGCCGGUCUCAAGGACAUGACUCUGUACGUUCCCACCUUCAAGCAAGUACUAGUUGCCAAAGGAGCUGACCCGCAAGCCUUCAGCACCCAAUAUGAGACUGUUUUGAAGGACGUACUCGACGAAGAUGAUUCGGCUUUCUGGAAAGAGCUGAUAGAACAGAUAGAGUCAUGA